UAUUUAAAAUUUUUUAUUUUUGGGCUCUAAUUUAUUAGGCCUUACGAAAAACCUUAAAAAUAGUAAAAUCAUAAUUCUGUUUUCUGUUCUUGUGUAAAACACGUGGUGGUUACUAAAAAAUAACAAAAUUUCUAGCUUAUAAGUUAUAAAUUUUGAGAUAAAUUCACAGUUAUCUUGUUUUAUUAUAAUUAGAAAAACUAAACAUCUUCAUUUCAUUUAUAAUUUAGCAGCGGAAAAAAGUCGACAGGAAAAUUAUACUAUUAUUAUGGCUCAAAGUAAAUUGAAUGAUUUAGCUAAUAAAUUUAGCAAAGGUCCAGCAAGAUUAAAUUUCGGUUUCAAAGUUCUUACAAUGGUUGGAUUAACAGCUUAUGGUAUAUCACAGUCUAUGUAUACUGUUGAUGGUGGUCAUCGAGCUAUAAUUUUCUCGAGACUUGGAGGUGUUCAAAAAGACAUUAUGACCGAAGGAUUACAUUUUAGAAUUCCAUGGUUUCAUUAUCCAAUUAUUUACGAUAUUCGAAGUAGACCAAGAAAAAUUUCUUCACCAACAGGUUCCAAAGAUUUGCAAAUGGUUAAUAUUUCUUUGCGAGUUCUAUCUCGGCCUGAUGCAAGUACGCUGCCAUCAAUGUAUCGUCAACUUGGACUUGAUUAUGAUGAAAAGGUACUUCCUAGUAUAUGCAAUGAAGUUUUAAAAUCAGUCGUUGCAAAAUUCAAUGCUUCUCAGUUGAUAACACAACGACAGCAAGUCUCGAUGAUGGUGCGGAAAGAGUUAACGGAACGGGCUCGAGAUUUUAAUAUUAUUCUUGAUGAUGUUUCGAUUACUGAGUUAAGUUUUGGUAAGGAAUAUACAGCAGCCGUUGAAGCAAAGCAGGUUGCUCAACAAGAAGCACAAAGGGCUGCAUUUGUAGUAGAAAGAGCGAAACAAGAAAGACAGCAAAAAAUAGUGCAAGCUGAAGGAGAAGCUGAAGCUGCCAAAAUGUUAGGAAUAGCUGUGAGCCAAAAUCCUGGCUAUUUGAAACUACGUAAAAUUCGAGCAGCACAAGCUAUUUCACGCACGAUAUCAAACUCUCAAAAUAAGGUAUACCUCAGUGGUAAUAGCUUGAUGCUCAAUAUACAAGAUCCAACAUUUGAUGAUCUAUCUGAAAAGUUAAAGAACAAGAAAUAACAUGAAUUACGGAAUAAAUGGAUUUCAUGAUAAGGAACUGAUGUAGUUUUAUUUUAUAAAAUAAUUCCUAAUUGUUGUCAAUAGUGAAAAACAAUAACGUACUCUUUAACAA